AUGGCCAAGAAAAAAAUCACAGGUGGAAGUGCUAAAGAAGAAGUAGAACACGCAGUCCUUGAGUACAUGAAAAAGGUCAACCGACCCUAUAGUGCAACCGACGUAUUUAAUAACCUACACUCAAAGUAUUCCAAAGCACAUAUUAUAAAAGCGCUAGACAAGUUGGUUGAAGAAGGAGAGGUGAUAUCCAAGACAUAUGGCAAGUCAGUCGUUUAUUCUAUUAAACAAGAUGCUGUUAAAAGUGAUGAAACGGGACAGACAUUAGAUAGUCUUGAGGGAGAAAUCAACAAGGUCAGUGAUGAGUUUAAUACGAUCAAGAGUGAAAAUAAGAAACUUGAAGGAGAGCUAUCAAAGCUCAAAAGUGACGUAACUACAAAAGAAGCUAUAGAACUUAUUCAAAAAUAUAAACAAGAAAAUGAGCAAUUAGAGCAAAGGCUCAAUCAUCUCAAGAGUGGCGUAGUACUUAUACCGCCAGAGAAAAGAAAGAGAGCGGACGAAGAGUUUAUUCGCAAUAGAGAUCAGUGGAAGAAGAGACGUACGAUGUUUCAGACCAUCUUCAAGACAGUAACUGAGCAUAUGCCCGGAAAACCUGAUGAACUAAAAGAGGAAUUGGGUAUAGAAGAAGACAUUAUACCAUACGAUAAAGAUCCUCUUGCCUCGUAA